AAGACAGCAGGCACCAAGGAAGACCUGGACACUGGAAACUAAACUCUCUGUCACUGCUGAUUCAAGAGUGGAAGGAUGCUGUACACUGAGCUGCUGCGCCUGUGGAAUGAGGCGGUGAGGGCCGUGGAUGCCAGGGACUGGCAGGGCGCCCUCGCCACGCUCGACCAGAUCACCGAACCCACGUCUCGAAUUCUGUUUGUCACCGCCUCCACUCACCUUGCCCUGGGACAGCUGGACCACGCCCUGCAGGCCUUGGACCAGACCAUCGCCAAGGAUGAACGUCUCGCCGUUGGCUUCUUUCAGAGAUCUGCAGUACUGAUGCAGCUUGACAGGCUGGAGGACGCUCUGUCAGACUGCAUCUGGGCCCAGAAACACAUGAGAGGGAACAUGGUCAUCGACUACAGACAGCUGGGGCUGCGAUACAAAUUGUACAGCUGGCAGGUGUUAUAUAAUGCAGCAGCUGUGUACUGUCGGAUGGGCCAGUGGGAUCAGGCAAGGGAAGUGCUGCUGUCGGCCUCCCAGGAAAGAGGAGGGGGUCGAGGUGGACAGAUGGAACUAGCUUUGGACAGUGUCUUGAGGGAGGAGGUCCUGGCUCCUCUCCUGGUGCCUGAAGGGGAGGUGUUUCGCCCCAGGAAGCAGGACGUGGAGCAGCUCCAACAGAGAGACUUCCUGGGCAAAGCAAAGGUAAUUUCCUCCAUGAUUCCCAACGAUGACUUUGGAGGCUUUGAGCCACUGAGGAUGCAGAAACCUGGUUUCUAUGAGCCCAAAGUGGAAGGAGCUCAGAACUCUCGUUACAUGCGUGUGAAGGUCCCUUACAUGAGCCGGGGCCCCGGUCAGCUGACGGUGCCGGGAGGGGUCAUGGUCUUUAUAUUCAACGAGGAGGACCGGGAUGGGAUGGUCAGCGUCAUAUAUGAUGGCCAGAGAGGUCUUCUGCCCGUGUCCCUGCUGGAGCCCGCAGAUGUCAAGACGUCCAAAGGGAAAAAGGAGAAUAGAUUUCCCAGUGGGAUCCCCCUCCCACCAGGUCUCAAGCCGCCCACUCGCCCAGAGAUGCCCAGCCCUGCAGCGCCCCCUCCAGCACGUGCCGUCGCAGAUACACCACCUCCGUCUUACAUCAAUGCCACCCUGCCGCCCCUCCUGGCCACAGAGCCACCCAAGUACACAGCCAACGCAAGCAGCCCGCGCAAGCAGCUUGCAGGCGCAGUCCAGGGAGCCGAGGCGAGCUCUGUGGUUGUGAAGGUCCACUACAGAUACACUGUGGCCCUGUCCGUCCCACUGGACACAACAUACAGUGAACUGCAGGAGCGCAUCGCACACAAAUUGGGCCAGCCAGCCGCUCAGUUGCGCCUCAGACAGAAACAGCAUGGCUCCCAGGUGCUGAGGCCUCUGGGUGGGGUGGAGGAGGCAGGUGGCACCCUGAUGGAGGUGGCUGAGGCUGGUAGAGCCACCCUGUGGUGCCAGGUACAGGAGCCCCUGCACAACCGUGCCAUCCUGUACCAUAUGGUGGCGCUGUAUGACUAUGCUGCCCAGGGCCCAGAGGACCUGGAGUUCAGCGAGGGAGACACCAUCGACAUUCUGGGCGAAGUGAAUGAGGAGUGGCUGGAGGGACACUGUGCAGGGAACAUAGGCAUCUUCCCCAGCUGCUUUGCCUACAGGGAAAACCCCAAUAUCACAGAGAGCAGCCAGUUAUAACCAGACUGAGUCACACCGAUGUCAUCUAAGAUGCACUUUGAACUUCAUUUACCAGUAAACACCCCAUGUCCUACUCCUACAAUAAUCUUAUAGUGUGUCUGUGGUCCUCAGUAGUGACUUUAUCAUACUUUAUGUCAUCUUAUCCCCGUCGUAUCACAAUAAUACGUGUGUGUCUGUGGUAAUCAGAAAUGACUUUAUAGUGACCUUAUUAUACUUAAAUGUAUUUAUGAUCCUUGUUGUAUCACUACAAUAUUGAGAUGAUAUUCCUUUACAAUGGGUCUGUGAUCUACAUAGGAAUAUGAUAGGAGAUUUAAAAACUGGAACUUAGAGAUUUUUCAGUAUAUGGUAUCAUGUUACUUUACACAGCACAGAAAAUAUCAUAUACUUGUCACAUACAUACACAUAUCUCAGCUUGAUGGACCUACAUAAUGGACAAAAAAUCCCUGCAGUGUAUUUAAAAUAGAUAGAGUAAUGCCCAUGAACCAUUUAAUGUUUUUGCUUGUGUGUUUGUUUGAGUGGCUGGUAAGUCAUCUUUUCACUGUCACUGUCUUCUUGAAAAAUGCAUACAGCCCAGCCGAAGCUAACUGAGACAGCUCCACCACUCAGUUGCUACACCCUCUGAUCUCAUUUCAUUAUUAUUUAUUGAU